ACUGCGGUCGCCAUGGCAACACGUACGAACGAGCCCCCGUGUACGGUGAAUGGAGCAAAAUGAGGAAGCGAGAUGAUCAUCUGAGGAGAAACUUUUCACAUUUUAUGAGCCUCUGGGUGUUCAAAUGAGUGACAUAAAUUCUUGUAUAACGAACAGAGACACUCCCGCCGCUACUUUGAAAUCCAUCGUCGAGUCGACGGGAAUAAUGGAGGAGUGUAACAGUCUCGCAAAAUUGUCCAAAGAUGUGCUCGACAAACUGGCCAAGAUGUUGGACAACUCCACUUGCGGAUGGAGGCAACUGAGCCAAGUUGUGUCUGAAGACCCAAAACUCAGUUACAGUGAAAGGGAUGUGACCAACUGCUCGCUCCAGGUUCUAAGUGCAACAGGAAGCCCAGGGCGCAGCUUCUUAGCUCUUCUGGUCGACCGAUCCUGCUCUCUGCUCUUUCUGCUCCAGUGUCUGAAGAAGAUUGACCAUCAGGAAGCCGUGCAGCUGCUCACCGCUACAGCAACAGAGCAGAUCCAGAUCACGGUCCAUCCCAACUCCGAGCAGGCCACAUUGGGCAGCAGAGUUGUGUUGACCUGCCGAGCCUGUGGGCCUCCUGGAUUAGUUUACCAAUGGUUUAAAGGCAAAGAAGAGAUUUUGGAAGCCAGCGGACGCACACCCGAGCUCGUUGUGUGUCCUUUGGGCCCCGAGCACAAGGGUAGCUACAUCUGUAGGGUCAACUAUGGAGACACCUGCGUCUUCUCCCAGUGGGCUCGGGUGCGCUUGCUCCGUUCCAAACCUGGCUUGAGUCCAGGCUGCAGCAUCGGCAUGUUUUCAGGCUCAUCCACUGCCGUGCGUAUCAUCUCCCAGCCUCAGUCCCAAAUGGCAUCUGAAGGUGACACGCUGCUCCUGACGUGCAGUGCCGUGGCCAACCCCCCUGCCCAGUACCAGUGGUACCACAACUCAACUCCGAUGCCACAAAACAAGAUACGUUUACUCAAAAUCCCGUGCGUGACCACAGCACACAGAGGGCAGUACAGAUGCAAAGUGUUCAAUUUGUUUCACGAAAUGUGGAGCGAACCUGCAACUGUCACCAUAGGGCCAACUUCCAUCACCGAUCCCUCCUGUGUAGCAGUUGACCGUGGCUUAGAAUCCGAGGAAGUCGACGGUCCAAUCGUCUGUGAAGAAGUACGUUCGCGGAUGACAAAUCCGCCGCCAUCAUCCAACCAGUUUUUUGCCACAGACAAGGUGGCUCUCCUCAUCGGCAAUCUGAACUACCACCACCGCUCUCAGCUGUGCGCCCCCAUGGCGGAUGUCCACGAGUUGAGCAACCUCCUCAGGCAAAUGGACUUCAAAGUGGUCUCUCUGCUGGACCUCAAUUGGCAGGAGAUGCACAGCGCCGUCACCGAGUUCCUGCUACUCCUCGGAAAAGGAGUUUACGGCUUGCUCUACUUUGCCGGUCAUGGUUAUGAAAACUACGGCAACAGUUUCAUGGUGCCCAUCGACGCGCCACCAUCAUUCACAUCCGAGCACUGCAUUUGCGUGCAGAACAUACUAACCAGGAUGCAGGAGAAGGAGACAGGACUCAACGUGUUCCUGCUGGACAUGUGCCGGAAAAGAAAUCCCAACGAUGAAGUCAUAGUCCAACCUGGACUGUUGAAGGUGACGGCAAAUGUCGUGUUUGGAUAUGCCACGUGUGUCGAUGCGGAGGCUUACGAAGUGAGGAAAGAAGAUGUAUCCAAUGGCAUCUUCAUAAGUUUCCUCAAGCGGCGGAUUUGCCAGGAUGAGAAGGUCACGGUCAUGCUGGACAGGGUGGCAGAAGACAUGGGUCGAUUUGAAAUCACGCGAGGGAGGCAGGCUCUGGAGCUCCGCAGUAAUCUCUCCGAGCGGCGUUCCCUCACAGACCCGAUUCAGAUGUUGUCGAGCUGCUCUACGGCCAACUCGGCUCGCAACUUACAGUGGGCUGUUGCUCAUGUUCUACCAAAGAGCCUUUUUAUCCAUUUUGAUUGUGGUGUGAAGGUCCAACUUGGAUUUGCUGCUGAAUUCUCCAACAUCAUGGUCGUCUACACACGUAUACUGGACAAGCCCAAAGAGAUUGCUUCGUGCUCGGCUCAACUUAUUGACUUCCCUGAGGAUGUGGAUAUUGAUUUAAAGAGGAGCAAUCAGGAAACUCUGGUCAAAGCCGACAGUUUCUUAUUAAUCAAUGAACAACUCGCUUCAUCCGAGCUGCCCGAACUGUACACUCGCAUUUGCAGCCUGCAGAGACUCAAGAAGGAGCUCACGUUCACCGUCUGCCUCCGUUACAUCUACGUCAACCUGGAGGAAGAAGUGGAGGAAAGGAAAGCGGUUACGGUCGGCAAACCGCUGGUUUCCAAACUGAACCUCCACCAACCACGAGCGAGCUCAGCCUCGUCAUCCCUCAGCCUGGACUCGUGCACUAUCUCUGAGGUCUCCUCCUUCUCUGAGGACUUUGCUCCAUUAGCGUCCAACGCAUGGUCACUAUUCGCAAAUGCUAACCCUGAUAAAUGUAGGGACAACCCGAAUUAUUAUUCCAACUAAGCCUUAGCAAAUCCUCGCUUAUAAAUUAGAGGAAGAAAAUGUGACAUUUGUAAAAAUAAAAAUGUUAUCUGUGCUUUAUAUGUACAAGUCCCAGGUCACCACUGAUUUUGUUUCAAUAUACUGGAACUAGGCAACCUUCAAGUUACGUCAUGACCUUUGACCUUUGGCAUGACAAACAAUCACAUAUAAAGCAAAUAAAGAGCAACCUUUAUCUUAAUAAAACGGUUUAUAUUUUUAGAUAUAUAUUAAUAACAGGUAUUGUCAUACAA